GUCAAACAAGCGGCUCAAUGAAGAGGGAAGAGGUGAGAGAGUAGAAACCUUCGCUACGGAGCAUCAAAGGUGCAGGGAAAGUUAUUUUCUGCUUUUUAGGGUACUUUCUAACAUUGGGAGUAUCGUGAAUCUUCGUAUACAUGUUGGAUAUUACUGAGGAAAUAUGAUGGAUAUACAACGCGUCUAGCAAUUGUAUUUGAGAAUUCAGCGCAGAAUGCGCCAUCAUUGAUUUGCUUUAAAUUGCAUAUACUAUUCGAUAUUUCAGUAAGGAUCAGCAAAUCUGUUGAAACUUGAAACAACAUAUUUGCCACCUGAGAAUAACACGGUGAAACACCUGUAACUUUUGCACUGAGGACUAGAGGAAUUACUGAAAGAAUACUUCAGACUGACGCACUAAAUGGAAAUACAACCUGCCUUUAUUUGCAUUAGUGUAAAACAGAUCAAGUAUGCUGGAGGCUGUUUGACUGGCAGCUAUGGGACCAAAAAGAGACUAUUUUCUGGAUGUUACCAUGGUGACGGCACUGUGCCUUCUGUGGGUCACUCACGGUCAGAAGCCAGUGGUGCGUGCCAAGGUAGGGGGUGUGGUGGAGAUGGCGUGUAGACUGCCACUCCCUUACGCGGGUGCGUCUGUGCCCCUGCACGUGGUGGAAUGGGUGCGCCAGGGAUUCGACAUCCCAGUCCUGAUGAAGUUUGGAGUGUAUGCUCCUCGGGUGCAUCCCAACUAUGAGGGCCGUGUGUCUCUGGUGAGGAAUACUGUCUUGAGGGUGAAGGGGCUCCUCAUAGAGGACCAGGGCCUGUACGAGUGUCGCAUCCUCCUGCUGGACAAAACCACAGAUGAGACCCGCAAUGGCACCUGGACCCUGCUGUCUGUCACCGCUCCUCCUAUUUUCAGCAAGACCCCUCCCCCUGUCAUGGAGGCUCUAGUGGGGAAUCCUCUCUCUCUGGCCUGCGUUGCCCAUGGUAACCCACCACCCACCAUAACCUGGGCUAAAGAUGGUACUCUCAUUGAAGGAGACAAGGUUGAGUUUCUGAGUGGGACGCUGUCUCUCAGAGCAGUGGACAGGGAGGCAGGAGGACAGUAUGAAUGUCUCGCCUCCAAUGCGGAGGGCAAUGUGACUCAUGUGACAAAACUUAAAGUCAAAGGUCCUCCAGUCAUUGUUAUCCCCCCGAAGGACACCUCCCUCAACAUGACCCAGGAUGCCCAGCUGCAGUGCCAGGCUUUGGCUGAUCCUCCCAACAUGACCUAUGUGUGGCAGAGAGAGGGAGAGAAUGUCUACCACAUAGAGGCUCUGAAGUCCCGUGUGAAGAUCAUGGUGGACGGCACCCUCCUCAUCACCCGCAUUACCCCAGGCGAUUCUGGGAACUAUACCUGCAUGCCCACCAACGGACUGUUGACUCCGCCUACUGCAUCUGCCAAUCUCACUGUGACACACCCUGCCCAGGCUCUCCUGAUGCCACCGCAGACAUAUCUCCCCACAGGCCUGGGAGGUCUGGUCUCCUGCCCCGUGAGAGCUCAGCCACCCCUGCUCCGCGUCGACUGGACCAAGGAUGGACAGCCACUGGAUCUGGCCAUGUACCCAGGAUGGACGUUGACAUCUGAAGGCUCGGUGUUCAUGGCUACUGCCAAUGAUGAUGCAACAGGCGUAUACACGUGUACCCCCUACAACAGCUACGGGACCAUGGGCCAAUCAGGGCCCACGAAAGUCAUCCUACAGGACCCCCCGUCACUCAGCGUGUGUCCCCGUAAGGAGUAUAGACAGGAGGUUGGGAGAAUGCUUGUUAUUCCCUGCCAGACCACUGGAGAUCCAGCCCCUAGUAUAACCUGGAGCAAGGUUGGACCUGCCACACGCUCUCAGUACUCUGUAGCAGCUAACGGCUCCCUGCUGCUGCUUCCUCUCAGUAAAGACCACCAGGGGGAGUGGGUGUGCAGCGUUACAAACCGCGUGGCCACUGUCAAAGCCAGCACUCUCAUCUCAGUGCUGGGCACCAGUCCCCAUGCUGCCACCCUGGUGUCUGUCACUCCAGGGGCGAAGCAGGCCAAUGUCUCCUGGGAACCAGGCUUUGAUGGGGGAUACACCCAGAAAUUCACAGUCUGGUUGAAGCAGAUGUCUGUUGGUGACAGUGGGGAGAAACAGGAGUGGCUCUCUGUGCCUGUGCCCUCCUCUGGCUCCAGUCUGCAGGUGACAGGGCUGGUCCCUGCCACAGAGUACCAGUUCAGUGUCCUGCCACACAACAAAGUGGGCACUGGGCCUUUCAGCGAAAUCGCCACCACCCGAACUCUGAAUCCACUCCCAAGGAGAGCGAAACUAGAGCCACCCACAUCGCUGUCAGCCAAUCAGAGCUUGGCAGGUAUAGUCCUGCAGUGGUCCGCCUAUUCUCAGUUCCUGCCCAUCACUGGAUUUGUCCUCCAAUCGCGCACUGAGCAAGGGGAGUGGUUCAAUCUGGACGAGGACAUCGGUGCCAAUAGGAGUGUGAUGAUCGUUCCAGGUCUGCGCAAGGACUGUGUGUACGAGCUGCGGCUGCUGUCCCGGCGAGGGGAGUUGCUGAGCGAGCCCAGUCCAUCAGUCAACGUCUCCACCAUGGGGAUGGAUAUGUACCCUGCCACUUCCCGCUUCCUGGAGUUUGUUCCCGAGCCGCUAUUGGCUGGAGUGAUGGGCGGCGUGGGCUUCCUGUGUUUGGCCCUCAUCCUGGUCCUGGGAACCGUGUGUAUCUUCAGUCACAAGAGAGACCAGCGACGCAGGAAGAUGACAGAUGAUCUCCCUCCUGCCAUCUAUAAAAGCCCCCCUUCAACCAGGUCGCUUGCUAGCAGUCCAGACAGUGUGCUGAAGCAGAAGCUCCUCCCUCCCCACUGCCACCCCCACUAUCCCGGCUCCCACUCCUCCUGCUCCUCCUCCCAGUCAGACCACUCCUCCUUUGGCAGACCCAGCCACAGUGAAUACAAGGACCAGCGCCAGCAGCUGCUCUCCUGCCCCCCACCCCCUCCUCACUAUGCUGCCCACCACCAUCACCACCUCCCCAGGAUAGGCUCUUCCCCCAAUUCCCCUCUAGAGUUUAUCUCUAGAGGUCCAGACGGUCGCUUCAUUGUGCAGCCCUACGACCAGGCCUCCGCCCCUUCCUCCAAUACCAUGAGAUCCCUGAGGAAAGACUUCCCACAAUCCACUGGGGUCCAGAGGUCAGUGUCCCUUCGCUCUGAGAAGAGAGUGGGGAGGGAACCGCCUUUUGUCCUCUCAGUGGACCUACCCCCCUGUGGUGGAACUGACCCCAACCCCACGACCAGGGUCCGGGCCAUGGCCAAACACCUCUCCCUCCACGGACGCUUCUACCUGGAUGAGGAGCAGGACAGUUGUGCUGGACAUCCAGACAAGAGUAGUCUCUACUCAGACAGUAACUCAGACAUGUCCCCCCAGCCAAGCCUGGAGGAAAGCAAUCCAGGAUACCCAUCCCUAAAGCGAGCUGUCCAGCCAGCCACUGCCAGCACCCUGGUCCUGCAGAUGGAGCAUGAGAAGGAGACCGGCAACCUGAGCAGGUGUCUGAAGCUGGCCCGGGAGAGAGAGGAGCUGGAGAGAGAGCUACGGAAGUACACACUUGAUAGUAACGCUACUUUAGACGGGAAGAGAGAGGGACCAGGCAGCGACGAGGUGAGGUGGAGAGAGUUUGAAGAGUGCGAUCCAAUAUGGAAACCUCAGGACAACACUUCACCACACAGUCACCCCCAUCAUCUCAGUCACCCCCAUCAUCUCAGUCACCCCCAGGUCAACAGGGGGUGCUCAAGCAUGGCCAAAGGCCCUUCACCCCCGUCCUAUAUUCACUGGGAGGCCAGCCCUCUCACUUCAGCCACCAGCCUUGUCCCAGCACAUCAGACCCCCGCUGAGAGGACAGCGGUCCUCCACUGUGACCCUCCACUCACCCAGUGUCCCUCUCUGUCACCUGUCACACAACACCCCUUCAGGUCAGAGAGACCAGAGUGUCACUCUAAGAGGAGGGUGAGCCAACAGCCACUAGACAGGCAGGAAGGGAUGGAGACUGCAAGGGUCAAGACACACACAGGGCUUUGUGAUGAAACUCACAUAUCAACAGAGCUGAAGAGAGGUGACUUGGAGUCACAUGAAUGGAACGGCAAGAACAAUCAAUGUAAUGUCAGCAUUUCACACAAGUCUAAGCCAGAUGUCUCUGUCCACAAAGUGCCUGGUUCAUGGAGAGUGGAGUUAGCAAGGUCACAGCCAUGUGAAGAGUCAUCUCUACACACAUCGGUUGAUCUCUCAGAAUGUGUAGAAAUGACUGUGGAUGAACCAGAGGAUGAAGGCUCAGUGGAUCCUCCUACAAAUCCCAUAAGGCACCAGAGACAUGCCCAUCAGGUAAACAAUGAGUCCCCAUUGGCUGAGAAAGACCACAGAGGACCACAGACCAUGAAAGGCCACAGAGCCCAUCCAUUGGCCCACAGGAAAAGCCCAGUGCCUAGGGAGGAGCGGGAGAAGUGGCACAGGAGGUCAUCUCGGAGCAGAAGCCCAGCUACCAUUCAGCCUCCUAGGCCGGCGCUCAGGAAGGCUAUCAGUCUAGGAGGCUUUCAGAACAGGAACGGCGGCAACCACCAACGCAGCCAGAGUCUAGACUCCAGGAGACAAUCCCUGGGUAACUUCCUGACGCCUGAUGCCUGGGUCGACUCUCUCAGCCAGGAGAACUGCUCCUCUCCCUUCUCCUUCCGCCCAGACUCUGUCUUCUUUGAACCCGAAAACUCCUUAGCUCCUGAGACCCCCACUCACACAGAGGCCCCCCUUGCUUCUCUGCCUCCCCCUCCCCCGCCACCUCCCCACCAGGACACCCGAUGUCCCAGCAGGGCCCCACAGCAGCUCUGUGAAGCAUAUGGGGGUGAUAUGCACAUCCAAAGCGUAAGAAGACCGGUGCUGGAGAGACAGACGCAGCUCCCCCCAACCCCUCCUUCAGUGCCUUCCAGCCCCAGUCAUCCCACCCACGACCCCAGGAAGAAGGCUUCCAUCUUCCCAGAUGCCUACAGGUGGCCCAUCACCUACCAGGAGGCCCUGAGGUCGGUGCAGCGCAUGGAGGCCAGGAAGAAUGUAUCUCUCCCCAGGGACCACAGGGAGCACCCCAGACCCCCAGACUGUAGAGGCAGAACCACGGCUCCCUCCCUGCUCAGGGGUUACAGCUGGCCUGCACCUCACCAUACCCCUCAGCCACCCCAGGAGGAGGAGAAGAAGCAGGAGGAGGUAGUAGUGGAGGAGGAAAAGGAGGAGAGGUAUGGGGGACAUGAGGUGGAGAUUGGGAGGUAUCAUCGGGGAGUGCCAGACUUGGGGGGGAGCUACAGUAGCUAUGCCAGCCAGAGCAGUGGCAGGGGGAGUCUGGAGCCUCCAAACGGGCGAAUGUCCAUCUGCCUGUCCCCAACCCUCACCAGCUCUCCUGAGUCCACCGAGGAGAUGCAGGGAAACACAGUGGAGUCACACCUACAGGACAUGGAGACAUUGAAAAGGAGAAAGGCCUCAGUGGAUGAGAAUUAUGAGUGGGAUUCAGCUGAUGUGUCCAUUCAGCUGGGAGAUCAAGACCUUGAAGGCAGAGGCCUGUUCUCCUCAGUUAGUCUACUGAAGUCUACUCCCAGCAUGCACCAUUCCAGGGAGGGCCUCAAAGAGUCGGUCCACUUCCAGGGUCAUCGCCAUGUGACCAACCGCCACUCAGAACCCGAACCAGAGACUGUGAUGUUCUGACAGCCCCAUCCAUCGCGAAGACUUCAAACAAGGAGGUGAAAAUAGUGUGCCUUCAUCGGCAAUUCAGCAUGGAUGUACAGUUGUCAAAACUCUCAUCCAUGGGAUGACACUGACUGACUGGACUGGUGGAUGCUCAGGGCUGAGUACAGUAUUGACUGGUGUUGUUCAGAGCUGUACCCACCAAAGAGGACUCUUACCACUGAUUCACACAACUUAGUGGUUACAUUGAUUUCUCUCUGCUACUUCUACGGGAUACUUGUACUAUGAAACUUGUUACCAAGUAAGUGAAAAGGCAGAUACAAUCUUGGGUCUUCCUUGCCCGUCAUCAUGGCACUGUGUGCGAAAAUACAUCAUUCAUACUCUUGGACUCACGGAAGAACAAGUUGGAGGCUCUUUUUAUUGCUUUGAGAAAAAGCAAUCCACCACUUGGGCUGGCACUUUGUUCCACUGCUACAACACUUUCAACUUAUGAUAGAACUAUGACGUAUGAUUGAUUUUUCUGUGAGAUGGAGAGAGAGCGUUUGAGAGGGCAGUAUGACAGGUCCUUAAAAUUAAGGAGGACUGAUGGAGAAUGUGCCGAAGAAGUAGGCUGCAUCAUGCCUUUUUUCACGUUGUUUUGUUCCUGGUCUAGUGUGACCGCUUCUGCAGUACAACUAUGAGCUCUGAGUAGACGAUCAAUAAUAUUACCCAGGAGGUUAACUCACUCGGGUUAAUCAGAUGUAGCUCUAUGAAGAAGGAUUGCUUUCUUUUCUACCCAUAUUCUCAAUAUGUAGCUAAUCGAAUCUCUCAUUACUCUCUAUUUUUAACCUCAUUGAUGUUGUGCAAUGUUUGAUCUGUCUAAUGAUUUUUUUUGUACCCAGAGUGCAGUAGUUUUUUUGUGCGUGACUGAGGAGGGUGAGCGCUUGGCUGGUAAUGAUCACCUGUUGCUGGGAUAAGUGAAGGCCGUUUUUUUUCACCAACCACGUGUAAAACGAGUGUCAUUAUCAGUGCACAUUAUCCGGUGAGAUUUUUGUUGCCCUGUCUAAUUUGGAGAUGGAAACCUAAAUGGUAUUUUUUCAAUAAGUCAAUCUCUGAGUCAUCCUAGUCAGGGAUGGAGAUGGGAAUUUACAGCUUGUCUGAAGAGUUAAUUAUGCCCUAGAAUGCCUUCCAGCACAACGUCUGGUGAUAGAGGAGAGAAAGGAGGGGCGCUGCGGGUGUGAAUGCCUUUUGAGCUGUACACACUCUGUUAUCAGCUUACAACACCAGAUCACCCCACUUACCCUUCAUUUGAAUUCCAUCAAACAUUUGUACACGGAAAUGACUCCCAGAGAAAUGUCAGUUUGUCCACUUUGGGUUUUAUAUAUGUGGAAUGGCUCUCAAUAGCAAUACACUGCCAAUAUACAUGGAAUAUUCUCUCACACCGUUUGUUCCGAAUCCUCAGACUGAAUGCAAAUGCAGUUAGAUGAAUGACUAGCCUAAUCAUUACUGCUACUGUGCUUUUGUAAACAUGCAUUGUUAUCGUUCAAGGAUAAAGGGGAACUAUUUUCAAGGUUUUUGUGCACGUUUGUACUUAAAAUAUAUCCUUUUUUUUAUACAGAAAAUGAUUCAUUGUUUUGUAAGACUAGUGUAUUUCUUUGUAUGAUCUGUGCUUAGUUUGCUGAGGAUGUACAAGGUAUCCUUAUAUAAACACAUUUUCCAUAGAACUGAAAAAUAAAUACUUGUUUAUGCAUGUUUUA